AAUUUAUAUAGAGAUACAGAUAUACAUUUAUGGCCACGCAAUUCAAUGGUACCAUACUCAUAUACGUGGCUGAUAAUGAAUAUUAAUUACGGUACCUCAACAACAGUACCUAGUCAUUCUCUGAGAUGACACUUAAAAUCAUAACACAGUUUACUGCUAUGAGAAAGAGAAUGAACUUAAAUGAGCAUUCACCAACCAUCUCAUGGGAAUUUCAAUAGCAGCCACAGACUCACUUCUCACACAUUUAUUUUAGACCCUGAUCUUUUUUUCUCAUGGAUUUGUACUCAACAAUAUGAGGUGGGCACUCACAGAAUUAACAUAUCACAACAAAGACAUAACAUAACAUAGCAUGACAUAUCUCAAGCAAAAGACCAGUCGUCAUGAAGAAGGCUCUGAAUCGGCCUCAAAGCCCCGGAAGUGAUUUCGAUGGCACCGAUCAAGUACAUGCGCACAGUAUCGUUUUGCCCUCCAAGUUCAUCACCACUAUUUGUGAUAGCUUGGAAAGAAAAGAACCCUCCUGGUUUAUCACCUCUCAAAUCCCUAAAGACUUGUCCAUUCAAGUUGAAGAAGUCACCUUCAAUGUUCACAAGUUUCCAUUGGUAUCAAAAUGUGGCUACAUGCAUCGAGUAGAUGCUCAGCAGUCGAACUCAAGUUAUGACUGUGACAUCAAGCUUGAAGAUUUCCCAGGUGGAUCAGAAACCUUUGAAAUCAUUCUGAAGUUUUGUUAUGGUUUCCCAAUAGACUUUAGUUCUAAGAACAUAGCACCGCUAAGAUGUGCAGCAGAAUAUCUAGACAUGACCGAAGAACUCGAUGAUGGAAAUCUUAUUAGCAAGACUGAAGCAUUCCUCACAUUUGUUGUCCUCUCUUCCUGGAAAGACACUAUCACUGUGCUCAAAUCCUGCGAAGAUCUAUCUCCGUGGGUUGAGAAUCUCCAAAUUGUCAGAAGAUGCUGCGACUCAAUCGCCUGGAAAGCUUCAAGAGAAACCACAACUGCAAAUGCAACCGAUGAAGAAGGCUGGUGGUUUCAUGAAAUAGCUACCCUUCGUAUUGAUCAUUUUAUGAGGAUUGUGACGACAAUUAGAGCAAAAGGUGCAAGACCAGAAAUCAUAGGCAAAUGUAUCAUGCACUAUGCAGAAAGAUGGUUACCAGGAAUAGAUGUGGAGUUAGAAGGACUGAGAGGAUAUGGGCAUGGAAAAAAUGAACUGCAAUUCAGUGUUUUGAGCAGGAGCAAAGAGGAAGUGGGUAGUGGCCAUGGCAAGGAGCAAAAAGAGAUCAUCGAAAUCCUAGUUAGCUUACUUCCUCCUCAACAAGAAGCCGUUUCUUGUAAAUUCUUGCUGCAGAUGUUAAAGAUGGCCAACCUGUACUCUGCAUCGCCGGCUUUGAUUUCCGAACUCGAGAAAAGAGUUGGGAUGACUCUGGAAGAUGCCAAUGUGAAUGAUCUUCUGAUUCCCAGAUACAAAAAUGCAGAUCAAGGGAAACUUAUGAAUUCUCCUGAAGAACACACAAUGUACGACACAGAUUUGGUACAACGGGUUGUGGAGUACUUCUUGAUGCUUGAACAGCAGCAACUACAGCAAGAGACAGAAAAUAUCAACAUAAGUAAGCUCUUAGACAGCUACCUGGCAGAGAUUGCACGAGACCCAAAUCUCUCCAUAACCAAGUUUCAAGUCUUAGCUGAAUUACUGCCAGAAAAUGCUCGAACGAGUCAUGAUGGUCUUUAUAGAGCUAUUGACACCUACCUCAAGACACAUCCUACACUGCCUGAGCAUGACCGAAGAAGGCUAUGCAAAAUAAUGAACUGCAAUAAACUCUCGCUCGAUGCAUGUUCCCAUGCUGCACAAAAUGAUCGCUUGCCUCUAAGAAUCAUUGUCCAGGUUCUGUUUUCUGAACAACUAAAAAUGCGGACAACAAUGCAACCAGCACCAAAUGGCAAUAACUCAGAACAAGAGGGAAACCAGUCAGCUACAGACAUGGAGAUCAAGAUUCUCAAAGCAGAACUUGAGAAUGUAAAGCUCAAGAUGGCGGAGCUGCACAGUGACUAUUCCGAGCUGCAACAAGAGUAUGACAGGAUAGGCAACAAACACAAAAAUACACCGCGUUGGAGUAUCAGUUGGCGAAAGAUCAAGAAGUCUUUUCAUACAAAAGUUGAUGGGGAUGACGAUAUUGAAGAAGAACCAGAAGGACAACAAAGACUUAACUCGGUUAGCAAAAGAAACAGCUUCCUACGAAGGCUAUCCAUCGCCUGAAUCCACUGAGCAACAAAAAUCUUGCAGCUCAAGUCCCUAUCCCCGCAUCAAGUGCUCACAAGAAACAUCUUUGUCUCUCUAUCUUUCGCUACUCUAGUUUCUUUACACAAAAAACCUUUCUUUUUCAUUUUCCCACCUAGAAUAUAAUCCCAUAAUCUGUAUUUUGCUUAGUCAAUGUUUGGUAAUUCAAAUGGACGCAGAACAUAUAUAUACACGAUUAAAGGAUUGCCAGUAAGUUGUAACAAGGAAAAAAGUUUCCCUCUUUUUUUUUAGUAUUUGCAGCAACAAUGUAAUUCUAUCCAGUAAACAUUCCAAGCUUUUUCAAGAACUAGGCAUAAAAUUAUGAGCAAAACAUAUCGAAUAAAAUGCAAUAAUUACUAAACCCCUUUCUUCAUUCAUCAAAAGCCAUUAAAAUGAUUAAAAUCUUUUCUCACAAAUCUACCACCACGGGUUAUUGCAUUCCAACAAAAUUCACUAUAUCUCACUUCUCACCUAGACGAAGCCUUUCCAAGGCCUAAAUAAAUAGAAAUCAACUUCAAAAUCUCCAAACAAAUUACCAGAUUUUCUUGCCUCA